AGCCUCUAUGAGAUGCUAAUAGCGGAGAAUAAGGUCAUGUUGGAUCCUUUCGGAGUACAGCUGGAGAAGCUUGGACACCACUGGACACAUUUGAGGUGCAAAUUUAUCGCUCUGGUUCUCAAUUCGAGCAAGAGAAAAGUAAUCCGGAUCAAGGUGGUGAUCGACCCUGAUCUCGAACGUCUCCUUCAGCAGCCCAAGAGAGCGAAGAAAAUAUCGAGCGUCUCGGCCAAUCGACGCAUUUUGGCCAUGAAUAUAACCCUCUUGGAGCGAAUUCCCGUCGAAAUCUGGGAAAAGAUUCUGUACCACGCCACCUUCUCUCCGCUCUUGCCGGUUACAGAAGAUGGAGAACUGACACCCGACUUGGUCGACAAUCUGCUCCUCUUUGAAGACCACUGUCGGAUGUUUGACGUGUAUCGUGUCCAGACGCAAGCGCUAGUCGAGCGCCUACGUCUCGUAUGUCGGCUGUGGGCCAAACUACUCCGACCAAGGACCAAUGAACUAUCACUCGCAACCCUGAGAGAAUACUAUUAUCCAUCUUUUCACGGCACACUCUUCUCGACACGACUG